AUGGCGUCGGAGGUUGUUGGAACGGACCGGCGGGGGGACCAUCUUGGCCGGGCAUUGGUCAAGACAAUUCUACAACAAUGGGUGGAGGAACAUGCGGUCGUAGACUCUCGGCGACACGAUGUGAACCGAUUUAUUAGUGGUGAGGUGGCCGAUGGCCAAAACGGUCAUUGUUGGAAUCCGGACAGGGCCCCGGGAGGACACCAAACUCUUGAUUGGUAUGAGAGCAUAGCCUCGGGCCAAUUCGCCUGCGUCCUGGAUUGUUCAGGUGUUGCCCUGUAG